CAGAUCUCGGCUCAGUUGAUCCAGUGUGACUAGCGCGGAAACAUGAUUCUCGCCAUAGUUUAUUACCUGUUUAUAACAACGCUAGUUGCCUAUUUCAUAAUAUUGUUGACUAUAUUGAUCACAUUAACGUUUAUAAAAAUUAAACUAGAACCUGUGAAAGGAGUGUGUAAAUCUAAUGCUAAACUUGACGGGAAGAUCGCGUUAGUGACUGGCGGGAACCAAGGCAUCGGGUUGGAGACCGCUCGCGGGCUUGCGUCCCAUGGAGCUACCGUUGUCAUCGCGUGCCGGGAUAAAGACAAAAGUGCAAAAGCUAUCGCCGACAUCAUAGCAACUACAGGAAACAAAAAUAUUGAGUUCAGGCAUUUAGACCUCGCCAGUUUCAGCAAUGUGAGACAAUUCGCUGAAGAUUUCAACAAAUCCUACGAUCGCCUCGAUAUUUUAGUGAACAAUGCUGGCUGCGGUGGCUACUCGUUCAGUUUAACUAAAGACGGGGUCAGUGAAGUCAUGCAAAUCAACUAUUUUGGGCCCUUCCUGUUAACAAACCUGCUGUUAGACAAACUAAAGGCUUCCAAGCCUAGCCGGAUCAUCAUAGUGUCAUCUUGCCUGCACUAUCUUGGAAAACUGCACCCAGACGAAAUACGAUUCGGAGGAGAUGGGGUGCUGAAUCAAUUUCUCAUAUAUGCUAAAAGUAAACUAUGUGAUCUGCUCUGGACGAAGGCAUUGGCGAAAAGACUCCCUGAAGGCGUGACGGUCAACAGUUUGCACCCCGGGGCUGUGAAGACUGAUAUAUUUAAGAAGCUGCCAUAUGUUAUUAGCAAGACUGUGGAUAUACUGUUGGAGCUGUUUGCGUGUAAGACGCCUAGAGAGGGCGCUCAGACGACACUGUACUGCUGUCUGGCUGAGGAGCUGGAGAAGGUCACGGGGAAGUACUUCAUGGAGUGCGCAGAAGCAGGGUACAGCAGCCUCGCUGAUGACGACGACCUGGUCGAAGAAGUCUGGAACAACAGUAUAAAGAUCACGAAUUUUAAUGAAUCCAGUCGCUGAAGUCGAUACCUAUGUAAAUAUGUAUAUUGUUAAUUUAAUUAGACGUGCAUUUUACGUCAAUUUGCGGUUGUUGUGCGUAGCUAAUAAAUAAUUUAAUGGAAGAAAGAAAAGUGAAUUUGAAUGACGGAUCUACAUAAAUGAAUAAAUAGUGUCAAAGUUCAAAAAAUAAACUGAAUAAGGUCUAUAGCCAGACAUUAAAAUGAAUAUGAGUGUUGCACUGGUGAAGGUCACAGUAUUUAUUUUAUUUAUUUGGCUCACCAACAAUUGUUUACCCGAUAAAAAUAUUAAAUAAUACAAUACUUAUGUAUUUCGGUGCUAAUACUGUAGUAAUGGAUAGGAGUUUAAUUUAUAAUACACUAAGUAAUAAAUAAAUGUAUUCUUGUAUGGUAAAGAAUGUCAAAAGAAAA